AUGCCCUUUGGAACAGGGUGGCAAUUCUACAGUUUUCCAGAAGAAAAUUUCAUGGCUGAGUACUUUGUCCUCCUAUGGAGUUGUGUCCAGAAACAGUGGGAGCAUCGUGUUUUCCAAGAGUUACUCAAGUCUGUAGCAGACCUGGAGGAGCUUUUCAUGCAAGGUGGAGAUAAUGAGGUUGAUGCCGUCGCAGAGCUGGCAAGUACCAUCAUGCUCUCCUACCUCUUCAAAAAAGGCCCAUCAAGCAGUCCACCACCUCACCAAGCGACUGGUAGCCCAAAUGAUUUUUAUCAAGAAGAGGGCUCACCUGUGACUGCCUUGCACAAGAUCAAAGUUAUCAAGGCCAUGAACCAGUCAUGCAUAAUUGAGAUCUUGGGUGUGUAUACAUCCUACUUGUUCUUCCAAAAUAACAUCCUACACAUAAAAUCUGGCAAUCUUCUCAUCAAUAACAACGGCUUACUCCCAAUAGCAGCUUUUAGAAUUUUCAGUCUAGCACACAGUCAUGGAUCAGUGUGGGAGAGACAAAAAUGUUUGCAGCAGCGGCUGCUGCUUCCCUCUGAGUCACAAGCCUUGACAGCACACUUGUCAAGUUGA